AGAUUGAACGAAUAACCAGUCACCCAAUCUCUUUUUCCAAUUCAUUCCCAAUCUAAUUUAUAAAACAUUGCUCGUUAACUCCUCCAAUCUGUUUCGGUUCGCUCACCUGUUUUUAAAACAUUGUUGACAAUUCCUCGAUCAACCCGCAGAGGACAGGAAGAAGAAACGAGAGAUGAAAGAGAGUGGAGAUGGAGUCAACAAUGAUAGUUAUUCGAAAUCUCUAUCUGUUAAUUCUGGUCCACUCGUGCUAGAUGAAGAUGAUUUUAAGGGGGACUUCUCAUUUGACGCGUUAUUUGGGAACCUAGUAAAUGAGCUGCUCCCAUCAUAUCAUGAAGAAGAAACAGAUUCAUUAGAAGGACAUGGUAACAUUGGUGCAAAUGAUGUUUUGUCAAACGGGAACUUGCGUAUUCCACCUGAUGCGGGAAAAUUUGCAAAAUUGCUAUCAGGCCCUUUGUUUCCAGAAGUCGAUGCUCUGCUGUCUUUGUUUCAGGAUUCUUGCAGGGAGUUAAUUGAACUUCAUAAGAAGAUUGAUGGCAGACUCUCCAAUCUCAAGAAGGAGGUUGUUGUUCAAGAUUCUAAGCACCGGAAGACACUAACUCAGCUGGAAAAAGGUGUAGAUGGUUUGUUUGGUAGUUUUGCAAGAUUGGAUUCACGUAUAUCAAGUGUUGGACAGACUGCUGCCAAAAUUGGAGAUCAUCUACAGAGUGCAGAUGCUCAGCGAGAAACCGCAAGCCAAACGAUAGAACUCAUAAAGUACUUGAUGGAGUUUAAUAGUAGUCCAGGCGACCUAUUGGAAAUUUCUCCUUUGUUCUCUGAUGAUAGUCUUGUUGCUGAGGCUGCUUCAAUUGCACAGAAAUUGCGGUCAUUUGCUGAAGAAGAUAUUGGAAGCCAAAGCAUAGCCGCUCCAUCAGUUGCAGGAAAUGCAACUGCAAGUAGAGGAUUGGAGGUUGCAGUUGCCAAUCUUCAGGAGUAUUGCAAUGAAUUGGAGAACAGGUUGUUGUCUCGAUUUGAUGUGGCAUCGCAAAGAAGGGAAUUGUCUACUAUGAAAGAUUGUGCUAAAAUUUUAUCCCAGUUCAACAGGGGCACCAGCGCCAUGCAACAUUAUGUGGCAACCCGUCCAAUGUUUAUUGAUGUAGAGGUCAUGAAUGCAGACAUUAGAUUGGUCCUUGGUGACGAGGGUUCUCAACCUAGUCCUAGCAAUGUUGCGCGUGGGCUUUCUUCAUUGUACAAAGAAAUUCUAGGUAAUUUUUCAUAUUUGAUUGAAUUACUAUGUAUCAAGAUUUCUUUAAUAUUUAUCUUUUACUUUGAUGCCUUGACAACAGUUUCCUCUUUUGAAACAGGGUUGACGGAGUCUUUAUUUACUGCCCAGAAAGAUGAAUAUAUUGAGCAUGAGCAGGCUUCUCUGAGACAACUUUACAAGGCGAAGGUGGAGGAAUUGCAUGCUGAAAACCAGCAAUCAUCUGAGUCAUCUGGGACUAUUGGACGCUCAAAGGGAGCUGCAAUAGCAUCUUCCCAACAGCAGAUAUCUGUUACUGUGGUGACAGAGUUUGUGCACUGGAAUGAAGAAGCAAUUUCCAGAUGCACUUUGUUUUCAUCUCAGCCUGCUACCCUUGCAGCCAAUGUAAAAGCUGUAUUUACUUGCCUGUUAGACGAAGUCAGUCAAUAUACAACAAAGGGGCUUGAACGAGCCAGAGACAGUCUGACUGAAGCUGCUGCUUUGAGGGAGAGGUUUGUGCUGGGAACAAGUGUUAGUAAAAGGGUCGCUGCUUCUGCUGCAGAAGCUGCUGCCGCUGCUGGAGAAAGCAGUUUCAGAUCUUUCAUGGUGGCAGUCCAACGCUGUGCAAGCAGUGUGGCUAUUGUUCAGCAACACUUUGCAAACACUAUAUCUCGACUUUUACUACCUGUAGAUGGUGCACAUGCUUCUUCAUGUGAAGAGAUGGCAACAGCUAUGUCCAGUGCAGAGGGUAGUGCCUGCAAAGGGCUUCAACAAUGCAUUGAAACAGUUAUGGCUGAGGUGGAGCGAUUGCUCUCUGCUGAACAAAAAGCUCCAGAUUAUAGGUCACCUGAUGAUGGUAUUGGUCCUGAUCAUCGGGCAACAAAUGCCUGCUCGAGAGUUGUCGCAUACCUUUCCCGUGUGCUUGAGGCUGCAUUCACUGCACUAGAAGGUCUUAACAAACAAGCUUUCCUGACUGAAUUGGGAAACCGCUUGCAGAAAGGGUUAAUUAAUCAUUGGCAGAAGUUUACUUUUAAUCCCAGUGGAGGAUUGCGGCUGAAGCGUGACAUAACCGAGUAUGGGGAAUUCGUGCGCCGUUUCAAUACUCCUUCAGUUGAUGAGAAAUUUGAAUUGUUGGGCAUCAUGGCCAAUGUCUUUAUUGUUGCUCCUGAAAGCCUCUCCUCUUUGUUCGAGGGUACUCCAAGUAUUCGGAAAGAUGCACAAAGGUUUAUUGAGCUCAGAGAGGACUACAAGAGUGCAAAACUGGCAUCCAGAUUCAGUUCCUUGUGGCCGAGCUCCAGUUGAUGCAGAAGUGGGAUAUGCUGAAACGUUGAUAUCCUUUUUGAUUCUCGGAUUCUUUAGAUCAUUGAGGUACCCCACUGGUCACACAACUUACACCACUUGUUGAACGAUUUUUUAAAACAGAGAGAGAAACAUAUUGGUGGCUAAGUUAAUCAUGAGUUCACUGAGCUCAUCCUCGGAAAAAAGGUCAGUUACAUUAGCUUUUCCUUCUCAUAGGUCCUCUCCUUUCUUUUUGCAGAAUUUUUUUUUACUGUAUAUUUGAGUAUAAAUGGAAUAACCACUAGAUUGUGUUCUUCAUGUUUGAGUCUGCUUUGAUGAUGGUUUUUAGUAUAAUUGGUGACUUUGUGUGGCUGUUAUUGUUGUGGAUUUGGCUCGGGUAGGCCCUACUUGGUUUGAAUGGAAUUAUAUAUAUAGUAGUGGUUUAUAUUUAGUUUGA